CAGGCGCUCUAGGAUUGGCCGCGCGCUGCUUGUCAGGACCGGAGGAGGCUGGGAAGAAGGGACUGUUGUGUGGAGGCCGACUUGGAAGUGAAACGCACAAUCACUGCAUCAGAUACAAAUGUCCUGUCGAGCGAGACGCUACGCAUUCCAGUGGAAUACUGUGCGUCGCUGGACCGCGAUGACAUGAGAAAAGAUAGCGGAUGUUCUAGAAAAAGCCGUCCUUAACUGUUCAUUUUGAAGUCGCGCGAAUGCCGCAUUUCUUCUUCGCUCCGUACCUGGCAGCUGGUGACAAUAACAAAAAACGUUCACUGCGUUUCAAAAGAGUGGACUGUCGCUGUUAGACACACGGAACAUAUUACUUCGCAGUACCCGGUUGACAGUAUUUGCAGUAUUUUCUUUUGUUUAGAGGCAAGAGGCCCAAAAGCGUCUCAAGAGCCAGGUUGCACUGUUUGGUGCCCUUAGCCCAUGCUAACGUUUCACUAAAAAGCUGUUAGGUUAAGUGGACCCAAUAUAUGCUACUGCAAUUGGCACUAUUUGAAAAUGUCUAAAACUUGGGUUGGGUAAUGGUAUGAUCUUUAAUUAGCCCAGACGUAAGGCGACACUAAGCAGCCCAUGUCAUAGUUUUGUCGGAUAUUAUUAAGAACUACUCUUAGGCGUUAAGUAGCAGAGAAGAAAGACACUUAGUCAAGGCUACUCUGUGGGGGGAAUAACCUAAUCCUGUGGCUCGAAGUAGCCUACAUCAUGGCUUCCUAAUUUCAGCACCAGGUCGGAUCCUUAUGACAUUUUGGAGUUUAUUUCCCAGAACUCAAGUAUACAUAGUGUUUUAAUAAGUCAAGGCCAACCGCAGUCCAGUGACGUGAUAUAUAAGAAUAUAGUCGCUGUCCGUUUGAAUAGCCAUAUUCAAAGAAAUAGAGUGACAAUCGGGUAUACAUACGUGCGUAACAAGUGUAGGCCACAGCUGUUGCUGGGACAACUCAAAUGGUCUUUACCAAGCUGACUGGAAAAAUAAAGAUGUACUGGGCUGAAUAGGCUAAUAUACUCAAGACUAGAAGCUUUAAAUUAAGAAAUUUAAGGAAAUGGCCUCCUUCUUGUCAGGCCACUACCAUGUGCAGCUAAUCCUGUAAUUUAUUUAACAUACGUGGAGCGUUUGGAUUUACAGGUUAUGAAAGGACUAUAACCGCGUGGUAGACAGAUCAUACCCCAGACAGCCAAUCUGUUAUGAUGAUGGGAUACAGGCAACACCUGAUGCUGAAGGAAUCAGAGAGAGUGCAUGGAACGGACUCUGAAACAACAGCUUGCAGCACUCAACUCGGACAAUUCAAACGGGUCUAGUUCUGGCACACUCACCAACAUAGCUCUGAAUGAUCCUGAAGACUUCCCCUUUAUCCACUUCACCUUCGCUGUGGACUCGACGUCACUGCUCCUCAGAUGCUGUAUCUUCACCACGGGUGGCACUCCAGACAAAUUCACUGUGAAGUUCUUUGACUGUGCCAUGCACUACCCUCGCCAGCAGCUACUACCCACACAGACACCUAGAGGUUGCUCCACCUCCUGAUUCCGUCCUCUUCGCCCACCCCCAGAGGAUGCUGGGACUGUGUCGUGGGCGCAGGAGGUUCCUGGCCUUCUCCCUCGCCCUGCUCUUCAUCCCAGCGCUCACCUGGCUCUACCUCUCCGUCGGCAACUUCCAGGUGAGGUCCCUCCCCCUGUGGCCUCUGGAGCCCCAGUCCUCCCCUCUGAUUGGUGGAGCCGGGGAGCAUCAGGCCCUAGAGCUGCGCGUGCGUGAGGUGGAGGAGGAGAACCGCGCCCUGAGGAAGGAGCUCGGCCAGCCGCCCCGCAGCCUCUCCCGCCCGCACCAAACGGGCCACCAUGGUAACCACUCGUCCACACACUCCAAUGAGGAGGGCACGGGCGACAACGAGAGCCAGCGCGCCGCUACCGCCGGCAACGGCUCAGAGUGUGCGCAGGAACCAGUGGUUGACAAGUGUGAGACGAUCCAUGUGGCGAUUGUGUGUGCAGGCUACAAUGCCAGCAGGGACGUGGUGACGCUGGUCAAGUCUGUCCUGUUUCAUCGGCGCAACCCACUGCACUUCCACUUCAUCACGGACUCCAUCGCCCAGCGCAUCCUGGCCUCCCUCUUCCACACCUGGAUGGUGCCGGCCGUACGUGUGGACUUCUACGACGCAGACGAGCUGAAGUCUGAAGUGUCCUGGAUCCCCAAUAAGCACUACUCUGGCAUCCAUGGGCUCAUGAAGCUGGUGCUGACCAAAGCGCUGCCCUCUGACCUCAAGAAGGUCAUCGUGCUGGACACCGACAUCACCUUCGCCACCGACAUCGCAGAGCUUUGGGCCGUCUUCCACAAGUUCAAAGGGCAGCAAGUUCUGGGUCUGGUGGAGAACCAGAGCGACUGGUACCUAGGGAACCUGUGGAAGAACCAUCGGCCGUGGCUAGCCCUAGGCAGAGGCUUCAACACAGGUGUGAUACUGCUCCUUCUGGACCGCUUGAGGAAGCUCCGAUGGGAACAGAUGUGGAGGCUGACCGCAGAGAGAGAACUAAUGAGUAUGCUGUCGACCUCACUAGCAGACCAGGACAUCUUCAACGCGGUGAUCAAACAGAACCCCUUCCUGGUGCACCAACUGCCCUGCUUCUGGAAUGUUCAGCUGUCGGAUCACACUCGCUCCGAAAAGUGCUACAAAGACGUGGCAGACCUCAAGGUGAUCCACUGGAACUCUCCUAAGAAGCUGCGUGUGAAGAACAAGCACGUGGAGUUCUUCAGGAACCUCUACCUGACGUUCCUGGAGUACGACGGGAACCUUCUGAGGCGAGAACUCUUCGGCUGCCCCAGCGAGGCCGACCACAACAGCGAGAGGCUUCAGAAGACUCUGUUGGAGCUGGAUGAGGACGACCCGUGCUACGAGUUCCGGCGGGAGCGUUUCACCGUGCACCGCACACACCUCUACUUCCUGCACUAUGAGUACGAGCCCAGCGCCGACAAUACCGACGUCACACUGGUGGCCCAGCUGUCCAUGGACAGGCUGCAGAUGCUGGAGGCCAUCUGUAAGCACUGGGAGGGCCCCAUCAGUCUGGCCCUCUACCUGUCUGACGCCGAGGCCCAGCAGUUCCUGCGCUACGCCCAGGGCUCGGAGGUGCUGAUGAGCAGAGGCAACGUGGGCUACCACAUCGUCUACAAGGAGGGGCAGUUCUACCCCGUCAACCUGCUGCGCAACGUGGCCAUGAGGCAGGUCAACACGCCCUACAUGUUCCUGUCCGACAUCGACUUCCUGCCCAUGUACGGCCUCUAUGAGUCCCUCAGGAAGUCUGUGGUGCAGUUGGACAUGGCCAGCACCAAGAAGGCUCUGGUGGUGCCGGCAUUCGAGACGCUCCGAUACCGUCUGUCCUUCCCCAAAUCCAAAGCUGAGCUUCUGUCCCAGUUGGACAUGGGCACUCUCUUCACCUUCAGGUACCACGUAUGGACUAAAGGCCACGCUCCCACCAACUUUGCCAAAUGGCGGACGGCCACCACGCCCUAUCACGUGCAGUGGGAGUCGGACUUUGAGCCGUACGUCAUGGUGAGGCGGGACUCCCCAGAGUACGACCGGAGGUUCGUGGGCUUCGGCUGGAACAAGGUGGCCCACAUCAUGGAGCUGGAUGCCCAGGAGUAUGAGUUCAUCGUCCUGCCCAACGCCUACAUGAUCCACAUGCCUCACGCGCCCAGUUUCGACAUCACCAAGUUCCGCUCCAACAAGCAGUACCGCGUCUGCCUCAAGACGCUCAAGGAAGAGUUCCAGCAGAACAUGUCCCGCCGCUAUGGUUUCGCCGCGCUCAAGUACAUGGCGGUGGAAAACAACAGCUAGCCCGCCUCUCCAUAAGAACACCCCUUGCCACGCCCCACAAAGACCAUGCAGCCUAAAACAGAAGAGCCUCUGGAAGGGGAGAAUAGUCGUCCCUUAAAGACGAGUCCCUUCUCAAAACCCUUAUCGGCUCAGACUUCCACCCGCUCCGGCUCUCAGUAGGGAGACCCCAGCGUGGCUCUUCAGAGGCCCAGUGCUCUGAGGGUGCCGGAGGCCGUUCAGUAAGAGUGCCAUCCGUCCUCACCAAAAUAGUUUUGUCAGUGGAAGAGAAAAUUGUUGAAUGUGUCCUCAAAAAUAUUGGUGGUCUUUUUUUUAAAUUAUAUUUUCUUUUAUAUAUAUCUUUUGUUGGUCAAGUCAGUACACAGAGGGGGAACUCGUUCACUGGACUAUCAUUUAUUUACUGAAGGGGUCUACAGGAGCAAGGAAGAGGGGUGGGGGGUUUGCGGGGGUUGAGGAGAGGUGACAGUCGGUGACGGAUGAUGGUUGUUCCAGAACGCGGCCACUUUCUGUAUGUCUGUGACCACGAGGCCAGCACCACUGUGCAGACACCCUGCUGUUAUUUGCUGGGAUGAAUGCAGCCAUGCCUUGAAGACGAUGCCUGGCUCCCACUAAUGGAGAGCUCAGACCGAAGCCUUGAAAAGUCAUUUUGCGCGCACGUGUCUAUCUGUGUGUGUGUGUGUGUGUGUGUGUGUGUGUGUGUGUGUGUGUGUGUGUGUGUGUGUGUGUGUGUGUGUGUUUGUGUGUGUAAGCGAGAGGGUAAAAAGCGCCUGUGCUCAUUCAUCUGGGCAAUUUUCUGCUGCAUUAUUUCUUCACACGGCUGCGAACAUAAUUUUGAAACAUACGAGCGCAACAGAACCAUUUAUUUGACGGGCGGCCCAGGGUAAACAGAGAGAGGAAACAGACGAAGAAGCGGAAGGCGGAGGCCUGUGUUGACAGAAUGAUAUCCCAAAAAGACAUGGAGUGGGGAAAUGGGCCACAGACACAGUCUGUAAGCGGCUGACGGAUUCUGCUCUCUCCAAAGCCUUCUGGCCAUCUCAAAUUCAUUUGGAGCCUCUUGGUCUGUCAUUUUAGGUUUAGUUAGACAAAAGUACUGGUGCCACCUUUGACAUCUGACUUUCUUGUUGCUGAUUUUUGUGUGUUUAGUUGUGUGUUUUAAUUUUGGUUUUUGUUUUAGAACUGGUAUGAUUUUCCUGUGGACAAUCUUAGAAGACAUGUCAUUGGUUCUGCACGACUGGAACACCGUCCUGUUUGAGAACAAUUAGAGAGGAUGUUACAUGACAGAUGCUUUUUCAUGUAUUACCAUUACAUAAAAAAAAAGAAAAAUAUGUAUUGCUAUGUGUUUACAAGUCGAAAAGCAAAAAAAAAAAGUCAACAAAACUGCACUAACUCCACAGUGUAACGAUGGAGUAAGGAGGCGAGAGGGUAGCAUUUGACAUGAAAGGGAACACAAACAGGCACAGCGUUAACUAUUAAUGGCAGUGAGUGAAAUGUAGUACUAGUACACAAAGUCUGACUGUAGAUAGUUAUUUUCUGUAGUUGGGCUUUGUGUGAGGUUGGUCUUCUGCUCCCUCUCCUCCACGACCCCUUUCAG